AUCAAAAGUGUUCAGGUCACGACGGUUGAAACAAAACGUGCUGCUCUAAAAUUAAAGAAUGCCUCACUAAGAGAUUUAAAAGCAAUAUUUGCCUUAGCAGGACCAUAUAAGUGGAGAAUCGUUGCUGGUCUUUCCUUUCUUGGCGUAAGCAGUUCGAUUUUUUUGCUAACACCAAGAGUGCUGGGAAAGCUAAUCGAUGAAUUCGACGAGGCAAAGAAAGAAGCAGAUCUAGGACAUGAAGAUAAAACUCUUCUGAUAGCAAAGUACUUCAAGGACAAUCCUCUUGCUUUGAUUGGAGUGCUUUUCCUUGGCGGUGUUGCAAUAACAGCAAGAGUUUAUUGUAUGCAUACUGCAGGACAGCUUAUCAUUAACGAUCUUCGUAAAUCUGUUUUUAAUGCUGUUUUGCGUCAAGAUAUUGCUUUUUUUGACAAAAACAAGGUCGGUGAAAUUGUCUCUCGGCUUUCUACAGAUGCUCUCAUAGUAGGAUAUUCUGUGUCUAUGAAUCUCAGCGACGGUGCUAGAGCUAUUUUAACAUGCCUUGGCUCAGGAGGUCUCAUGGUGUACACAUCUCCAGCGCUAUGUCAAGUUAUGUUCGUGGUCAUUCCAAUAAUUGUUGGGACUUUUGCCAUUUUCGGUAAACUGCAGAGGAAGUAUACAUUACAAAUGCAAGAGGCAGUUGCUGGAGCUAAUCAGGUUGCAACCGAGCGUCUAUCGAAUGUCCGCACUGUUCGCAUGUUGGUUGCAGAACAGAAAGAACUUGCUGCUUACGGCGCAAAGAUUUUUGACAUUUGGAAUAUAUCUAGAAGGGAGGGUUUCGCACGUGGAGCCAUGUAUGGAUCGUUCCAAUUCACUGGUUAUGUUGCACUUUCAACAGUACUUUUCUAUGGUAGUAAUCUGAUCAGUCAAGGAUUGUUAACCUACGGUGAUUUGUCUUCUUUCUGUUUAUAUGCAGUACUAUGUGCAGCAAGCUUAUCAAACAUGUCCGGUUUCUUCAUAGAGAUUAUGAAGGGUUUGGGUGCGAGCUCUAGGCUUUUUGAACUUCGCAAUACUGAGCCUCAAAUUCCGUUAGAGGGUGGCUUAAAGAAAGGAGAUGUUAAUGAAUCUAUCAGAUUUGACCGAGUGGCUUUUGCAUAUCCGGGAAGAGAUCCGCUGUUCCAUAAUGUGUCGUUCGAAGUUCCAUCUGGACAAAUUACAGCUGUAGUUGGUGCAUCUGGAAGCGGAAAAUCAACGAUAGCUAAUCUUCUGUUGAGGCUUUAUGAUCCGGUUCGUGGCCGUAUUUUGAUAGACAGCGUAGAUUUAAAAGAUAUUGAUCCGUCGUAUUGGCGAAGACAGAUUGGAACUGUAGGGCAGGAACCAAUAUUAUUCUCUACAAGUAUUCGCGAAAAUAUCUUAUAUGGUGCUGAAAAUCCAGAGCAGAUUACUGAAGAUCAGAUUGUAGAAGCCGUUGAGCAGUCGAAUGCUCUUGAUUUCAUCCAGUCAUUUCCUGAAGGAUUUGAUACGAUGGUCGGUGAGCAAGGUUCAAUGCUGAGCGGAGGUCAAAAGCAACGAAUAGCAAUUGCCAGAGCGCUUAUAACGAAUCCCCGAAUUCUUAUUCUUGAUGAGGCCACGAGCGCCUUAGAUGCAACAUCCGAAUAUCUAGUUCGAAAGGCUCUCAACCGGUUACUCGAGAACAGCCAUCAAACAGUGCUUAUAAUAGCUCACAGAUUAUCUACUAUUAAACACGCCAAUCAAAUAGUCGUGCUGGACAAGGGGAGUGUUGCCGAGCGAGGCAGCUUCGAAGACCUUAUGCACGUAAGGGAUGGCAUUUUCAAAAAACUCGUAGAGAAACAAGCUAUCAGCUGGAAAGAAGAAGCUUACUGA